AAAAGAAGAAGCGAAACUGAAACAGAUUCUCUCAACAGUCACCGGGAAAAAUGUCACGGCACGAGAACGACCGUCCACUUCUGAUCGAGAGAUUAGACGAGGAGGAGGAAGAGAGAGCGUACGACGAGACCGAGAAAGUUCACAUCGUGAGAGACGAGGACGACGACAACGAGAGGGAUCUCGAAUACAGCGUCGGAUGCGGCGGCGCGCCGCCGUUCUCGUGGAGGAAGUUAUGGCUAUUCACCGGACCUGGAUUUCUGAUGAGCAUUGCGUUUCUCGAUCCAGGGAACCUCGAAGGAGAUCUCCAAGCCGGCGCCGUCGCCGGAUACUCGCUUCUGUGGUUGCUUAUGUGGGCGACGGCGAUGGGGCUUUUGGUUCAGCUUUUAUCGGCGAGGCUCGGUGUCGCGACGGGUCGUCACUUGGCGGAGCUUUGCCGUGAGGAGUAUCCGACUUGGGCGGGUAUGGUUUUGUGGGUUAUGGCGGAAUUGGCGUUGAUUGGAUCUGAUAUUCAGGAAGUCAUUGGAAGUGCGAUUGCUAUCAAGAUUUUGACCAAUGGGAUUUUGCCUCUCUGGGCUGGUGUCGUUAUCACUGCUCUCGAUUGUUUCGUCUUCUUGUUUCUUGAGAACUACGGAAUUAGGAAGCUCGAGGCAGUGUUUGCGGUUUUAAUCGGAACAAUGGCAAUCGCAUUCGCUUGGAUGUUUGGUCAAGCCAAGCCAAGUGGCUCUGAGCUUCUUAUUGGCAUAUUGGUACCGAGACUGAGCUCAAGAACAAUACAAAAAGCAGUUGGAGUUGUGGGUUGCAUUAUAAUGCCACACAAUGUGUUUCUUCACUCGGCUCUUGUUCAAUCGAGAGAAGUCGAUAAACGACAGAGAUACCGAGUCCAAGAAGCUAUAAACUACUACACAAUCGAAUCAACCAUCGCUCUUUUUCUCUCCUUCAUGAUCAACCUCUUUGUCACAACGGUUUUCGCUAAAGGGUUUUACAACACUGACCUCGCCGAUAGCAUUGGCUUGGUUAACGCGGGACAGUAUCUUCAGGACAAAUAUGGAGGCGGGUUGUUCCCAAUACUGUACAUUUGGGGAAUCGGGUUAUUGGCUGCUGGUCAAAGCAGCACCAUCACAGGUACCUACGCAGGACAGUUCAUCAUGGGAGGGUUUCUUAAUUUCAAAAUGAAGAAAUGGAUGAGAGCUUUGAUCACACGUAGCUGCGCAAUCAUCCCUACUAUCAUCGUUGCUCUAGUGUUUGAUUCAUCGGAAGCUACACUCGAUGUGUUAAACGAGUGGCUUAACGUGCUUCAGUCCAUUCAAAUCCCCUUUGCGCUCAUUCCAUUACUGUGUUUGGUUUCCAAGGAACAAAUCAUGGGUAGUUUCAAAAUCGGUCCUUUGUAUCAGACUAUCGCGUGGCUUGUUGCUGCGCUUGUGAUAAUGAUCAACGGUUAUCUUUUGCUUGAGUUCUUCUCCUCGGAGGUUAGUGGCAUCGUCUAUACUGGUUUCGUGACUGCGUUUACGGCUUCGUAUGGUGCAUUCAUAGUCUAUCUCAUCGCUCGUGGCAUCAAUUUCACUCCGUGGCGCUCUAAAGCAGAGUCUAGUCGAUGAGAAUGGACCAAACCAGAACAAUGUAGCUCUAUGUGUUUUGAUCAUUAGGAAAAGGGAGAAAAUGAGUUAUUAGCCUGUGUUUUGUAUGUUGAACAACCAAAAAAAUAGCUUAUCUUUUUGUAUCUUAUGUAUCAUAAAGUGGCUCUUGUUUUUGUUUUGGUGUAACUGAAAACUAGUCAUAGGAUGAUGAUGAUCGUUCUAUGUAUUAGUAGAUAGAUCCAAAUUAAUAGCAUCAUUUCACCAUCUA